UCCGAAUUAUCUCCAGGAAGUUGGAGGAGCAAUGGCGGAUCCAGCUGUCAACCCAUGGUCCAAGCCCAACCCGCGCCCACCGCCGCCGCGAUCUACCUCCCUCCCGCCCACGAAAUCCCAAAUCGAAGCCGCCGGCAAAUCCACCUCCUCCGCCUCCCGCCGAGGCGUCUGCCGCUCCUGCUGCCUCUGCUCCGUCACUCUGCUCGCUCUCCUCAUCCUCCUCGCCGCCACCGUAGUCGGCAUCUUCUACGCGGUCUAUCGCCCCCACCGCCCCGCCUUCUCCAUCGCCUCCCUUCGCGUCGCCGCCCUCAACAUCUCCGCCGCGGGACAGCUGAUCGCCUCCCGGAUCGACGUCAAUGUCACCGUCCGCAACCCCAACAAGAAGCUCGUCUUCCUCUACGACCCCAUCUCCUUCUCCGUCGUCGCCGCCUCCGGCAGCGGCGUCGACGUAGGCGACGGCUCGUUCGAAGGGUUCGUCCAGGAGGCGCGGAGCACGAAGAUACUCUCCGCAACUGCCGCGAGCGGCAGGCAGCAGCUGGAGGCGGCGGAGGCCGCCGAUCUGAGGAAGAGCACUAGUUUAAUGGUGGACGUGGAGAUGCGCACCAAAUCCGGGGUCAAGAUCGGGAAUCUAAAAACCAAGAAGAUUGGGAUCAAAGUGCUGUGCGAGGGGAUCAACGCCGCCGUUUCAAGGGGGAAGGCGACUGCGGCGGCGGUGUCUACGGGCGGAGACUGCAAAGUAAAGCUCCGCAUCAAGAUUGGGAAAUGGAACAUCUAGGCGAAGACGAAGACUUGUACAACUUCAACAGGAUAGAAGGAUUUGUUGAUCUUUGGGAAAUUCGUUUUCCUGUUUUCUCGAUGAUUGUGCAAAUUUCAUUCGCUUAAAUUUUGUUAUA